AUGUAUCGGGACUUGAGACAGCACUACUGGUGGAGCGGCAUGAGGAGAGAUAUUGUGAAUUAUGUAUCGCGUUGCUUGAGUUGUCAGCAGGUUAAGGCCAAGCAUUUGAGGCCUAGUGGCGAGCUUCAGAGAUUACCCAUUUCUGAGUGGAAAUGGGAGAGGAUCACCGUGGACUUCGUUGUAAGAUUACCCCGCACUUCCCGUGGUAGUGAUAGUAUCUUGGUCAUCGUGGAUCGAUUGACCAAUUCAGCUCACUUCAUUCAUGUCCAUACUUCGUACAGUGCUGAGAGGUUAGCCCGUAUCUACACUCGAGAGGUGGUUCUUCUUCAUGGUGUUCCUGUUUCUCUCAUCUCAUACCGGGACCACCAGUUCACAUCUAGCUUCUGGAGGCCCUUCCAGGAUGAGUUGGGUACCCCUGUUGACCUAAGCACAGCUUUCCACCCGCAGACUGAUGGUCAGUCAGAGCGCAUGAUUCAAGCUCUUGAGGACAUGUUGCGGGCUUGUGUUAUAGAUUUUGUGGCUAUUCACCCAGUUUUUCAUGUUUCGAUGUUGCGCCGGUGUGUUCCAGAUGAGUCCCAUGUGAUUCAGUAUGAUGCAGUUGACUUGGAUGACAGUUUGAGAUACAUUGAGGAGCCAGUUGCUAUUUGGUCAGAGAUGUCAGACGGUUGCGUUCCAGAGCCAUUCCUGUGGUUAAGGUCCAUUGGAGACAUCGUCCAGUUGAGGAGGCUACCUAGGAGACCGAGCAUGAGAUGUGGGCGCAGUUCCCCGGCUUAUUUGAGCCUUCAGUUGACUUCGAUCAUAAAUUCAGGUAAAAGACCUCAGAAUAAACUUCUGACGAUUCCAUCAGCUCGGAUGGCAAAUUUGGCUAGUAGCAUGGUCAACACGAGUAUCAAGGCAAUCGGUACGAGUUUAGGGCCAUUUGACGUUUUUGCCCUUCUUACCCGUCCACAGGCAGCUAGCAUGCGCCAGCGCCAUCACUUCCAGCUAGAGGCGAGGCCAGGACAGGACGGAGGGUGGUCACCAGGGUAUACGGGGUGGUCUCCGAGGAGGCAGUUGAGAUACAUUGAGGAGCCAGUUACUAUUUUGGUCAGAGAUGUCAGACGGUUGCGUUCCAGAGCCAUUCCUGUGGUUAAGGUCCAUUGGAGAGAUUGUCUAGUUGAGGAGGCUACCUGGGAGACCGAGCAUGAGAUGCGGGUGCAGUUCCCCGGCUUAUUUGAGCCUUCAGGGAUGGUUCGCACGCGUGGUAGGGCCCCAGCUAAGGGUAGAAGCCGACCUCAAGGUCGUGCCAGAGCUACAGCACCAGCCCAGGACCGAGAGAAAACUCCAGAGCCGAUGAUAGAGAUACCAUCAGCUCCAGCACAGCAGCAACCGAUAGGCCUGGGACCAGCCCAGCCACAGCCCGAGCCUGUGGCAGCUCCAGGUAUAUAG